AUGAACGGCCAGCCAAUACCCGGCUACUUCUGGGACGCAGAGAAGAAGAAAUACUUCAGGAUCCAAAACCAAACUGCAGCCCAAGGAUCAAAUCUCAAAUACUCUUCAGCAAACAUCAAGAAGACAGAAAGAAAAGAGCGCAUCCAGAAUGUCGCACUCGCGCGUUCCAAUAAGCUUAAGAAGGAGCGGGUCGUCAGACGCAACCCGAACAGCUUCGCUCAGACAAACAUCGAUAGAGAAAUAGGUCUCAGAAGACGGUCACGCUAUGUCCACGGCCUUUGGCCUGACGCAUGCGCAGCCGGUAUUGAACAACGUCCCGAAAAGGUGCUACCUCCAUGUGGACUACGGCUCUUUGCCAAAGACCCAGUACAUCACACGAUAUACACAGUUCAAGACGGAACCGUCCGACUAUACGACACAAGAUCAGGGGGCUCAAGUCACGUCUUGACACAUCCAGCACCCAUCUCAAAGCUCAAGCGUGCCGACGAUGAGACUAGAUUGAUAUGCUCGGGGCUCAACGACACGCUUUUCCUAUACGACAUUCGCGCACCCCGCUUAUCUCGAAACUCAUCGCGAAAGACGUUCGAUUACGACAACCAUCACUACAACGAAGAAUACUUCAAAAGCCUAUAUCCCACUCAUCGCGAUAGUCACAAACGCCGCAAGCUCAACCACAAAGCUUUCAAGAAUUGGUCGCAGCCAGUCAUGACUUUUGCCCACCUGAACAGAGACGAGCUGGAACUGGACAUCGAUGUAUACCCCAGACUCGGACUUCUAGCAGCAGCCCAAGACACAACGGAAGGUACAGUGAUCCGGAUUAGCAACAUCUGGACGGGUAAAUCUGUCAAGGAGAUUGAUCCAGGUAGCACGCGGCAGGCGAAAAUCCGCGCACUUAAAUUCGUUGAGAGUGGUUUUGACGGCAAUGUCGACCUUUGGUCGUGUUGGGGUGGUGGGAUCGCGAAAUUUGGGUGGUCGCACAGUAGGGGCCUUUAG